GAAAUACUGUUUGUUGGGGCUAUCAUCAUCGCAUUAUUGGCAUUUUUGUGGUUUGUAUUUGUACCGUUGUUUGGCGACAGCACACCGAAUGAGCUCACUCCCCAAUCCGGUUACGUCUUCGACUACGUAGUGGUUGGUGCUGGAACUGCUGGUUCAGUGGUAGCUUCACUGCUAGCCAAACACAGCCCAACGUCAUCAGUGCUGCUCAUAGAGGCAGGCGACUCAUUUGGAUUGUUGAGCAAAAUUCCUUUACUAGCCACUUUCCAGCAGAAGGGCCUUAACGAUUGGGGAUUUUUAUCGGAGCCACAGGUGUAUUCUUCGCGUGGACUCGAAGGACAGCGUCAGUACUUGCCUCGAGGUAAAGGUCUUGGCGGCUCCGCUCAGUUGAAUUACAUGUUGCAUUUCGAUGGAGAGCCGCGCGAUUUUGAGAACUGGGCGAAGCGACAUAAUCUCUCCGAUUGGCGCUGGAAUGACAUACGGCCAUUUCUCACCGCAGUUCGCACACAAACCCAUUCGUUGCUGGAAAUACCUCGCGAUUACUCGAAAAUAACAGAGGCGCUGCACACAGCAAAAACCGAGUUUUCGAAAAAGAGCUGGCGCUUUCGUCGUGCCCGGUAUACCAUAAAAAAUGGCCUGCGACACAAUGCUUACCAUCAGUUCCUGCAGCCUGCUCUGAAGCGCCGCAACCUCCAUACGCUCACCGAAGCCUACUUGAAGCGAUUGAACCUCGAGUAUAUCGGCGAUGAAAAUAGUGAGGUACAGUCUAUUUUAGUGGGCGUAAUGGAUACAAAAAAUCAUGAGGAGUACGUUUUCAGUGUGGACGUACGCUGCGAGGUGAUACUUUGCGCAGGCGCCUACCAAACACCACAAAUAUUGCUGGCUUCUGGCAUUGGCGAUGCACCACUGUUCGAAGAGUUAGACAUACCACAGCAGCUGCAACUGCCAUUGGUGGGCGAAAAUCUACAUGACCAUCUCAAUUUGCCACUCUUUGUCUCCAUUGACACUGUGGGUCCAACAUUGAAUCAGCGCUCGCUGCUAAAUCCCAUCCAGCUUUUGAAUUAUCUGAUUAAUGGCUAUGGUCAUUUGGGUAACUUUGGUGUUUUGGGCCACAUAGAUUCCAGCUACGAAGAUAGCUUCGGCUUGACUUUCUUCGGCGUCGGCGCAGUCGAUGAACGCGCUCUAAUGUCAAUUUCCAAUUUCAAACAGGAGUAUUUUCGCGCUCUCUUCCCGCGCUAUCAGAACACUUCACAAGAGGGCUUCGUGCUGAUAUCAACAUGUCUGCAACCGAAGUCUCGUGGCACCGUCACCAUUGGCAUACCCAACACUCGUUGGAAACCGAUGAUCGAUCCGAACUAUUUGCGAGAAGCUGGCGAUGUCGACUGUACGAUACGCGCGAUACGCGCCGCAGUAGAGGUCGUCACAUCGGAAAGCUUUGCUUCGCUACGUCCACACAUACAUUGGCCGAAAAUUGAGGAGUGCAAGAAAUAUGGGCCUACCGAGAAGGAUUUUGUUGAAAAUAUGCCCAGCGAUCGAUACUUGGAAUGCGUGAUGAGAUACGUGGGACUGGGCUCGCACCAUCCGGGCGGUACAUGCGUCAUGGGCACAGCCGCAAACAACAGCGUUGUCAAUUCAGAGUUCAAGGUACAUGGCGUCGAAAACUUGCGAAUAAUAGAUGCCAGUGUUCUGCCGACUCCCGUGUCUGGAAACCCCAACUCAGUUAUAAUUGGAAUGGCUAUUCGGGGUGCAACGAUGAUUUUACAGAGGGAAAAAAUGAAAAAGAAAUGAGUUAAACCAGGUUACUAUGUGUGCAUAUAUGUAUGUAUUUCUUAGAAGUAGGAAAUUCCUAAAGAUAAGUGCACUUAGGAAGUACGCACCUAAGUAUGUAUGUAUAUAGUUGUUAGUUAAUAAGUUUGUUUGGCUAGUUGGUCUUGUGUUACAAAUAAUUACAAUAAAAAGUCACAGAAAAGUC